UACAUAUUCGCCAGAGAUGUCUAAACUCACCAAUAACCGGUGAUAUUUUAACUAUUAGGCGUUGGAAGUCUGUAUCUGGUUCCAUCCCAGUUCAAAGCAAGAUGGUGUCAACGAUUUCUAUCACUACCGGGGAUAUCAAUACCACCAAUCUGCUAGUAACCACUUCCAAGACGAUCCAGGAGAUUGCGAAAAUCCUGCGGCUCCGUGAAAACGAUGGGGACCUCAAGGUCUUUUAUGCCGAUUUGACGGCAUACUGUGCCAUGAUACGUGAUCACGCAAACCGCAUUCACAGAGCUGGCAUUAGAAUUGCCGAUAAGUACCUGGAUAGAAUCUUAGCUCAUCUCGGCUCAACCUUGUCAUCUCAUAAAUUGCUAAAACAAUCUACUUGCGGAACCUCAUUUUAUACAAAACUGCUCACAUUCAAUCAGAACUGGGAGCAAAUACGGAAAACUAACGAUGGUACGAAACUCCAAUUCAUUAAGAAUUCUCUCAGUUUCGGUAUCUCUACGAAUGAGCGCAAUGAGUUUAUUGAAGCGCUAUCCUUGUGGGAAGAAGACUUCCGAAGACAAUACCCCGAUGACCCGUCACAAUGGACGGCUGAGGACUUCGCACCCCAGAGAAAUAUCAGCGAACCAUCCUAUGCCGUCUGGAGUGCUGCCAAAUCAAUUUUUUCGGCACUUGUGGCAUGUAAGAACUGUUCGUGCCCAUCUGCGCAUGAUUUCGGAGCUAGGCUUUCAUUAGGUACUUAUCGAAAGCCUGUUUCAGAAGACGAUACUGAGGGAGAUGUCGAUUUCGACAUGUUUCUGUCUAUGAAGAAGGAUUGGCAAGAAGCCCGGGUCCAUACUAUGAAAGAAACAGUCGUCCAAUGGGCGAUUGAUGACGAGGCACAUAACCCCCAAACCAAGCGGAAAAAACCACAGACCCCAGCGAUGAAGGUAAAACGGUUAUGCGACCCGAUCGGGAAGAUCAAGACGAUGACGGCACAUCGACUAGAAUUCAAAGUUACGCGAGGCCAUUUGUAUAAGUUACAAUCGCAGAGGAGCAAAUUCUUAGCCGACAAGACGAAAGACGCCGUGACCCUCGAACAAUUCCUCAGGGGCGGGUCGCACUCAUUUACCGAGAGGACAAGACGAAUCCUUGCCGUACUUCUCAGUUAUGCAGUUCUUCAUCUUCAUGACACGCCAUGGCUAAAACCAACAUGGAAUUCCUCAGACAUCGUCUUCUUUCGUACUGCUACUACCGCAAUCCCUUUAAGACCUUUUAUCCAAACCCGCCUCUCAGAUCUAGAAACAAAUUCGAGCCUCUUCGACCAUUACGUCAAUGGCAAUAGGGAAUACGAACAGGGAGAUUGUGAGUGUAGUGAUGUAGACCCAGAUGAUAUCGACCCAGACGAUCUGGUACGACAUCAGUGUCCAAGUCUCGUCACAUUGGCGGCAAUGCUCAUGGAGGUUUAUUUCGUGACCCCAUUCGAGAUGCUAGCUAAAAAGUACGGCGUUGAGUUAGAGGAUGCAUCAUCGAGCCGCACAACGUUUUUAGACGUAGAUAUGGUGUUUCGCGCUUGUAGAGACGAAAUCCCUGAUAAUUUCCAGUUUCAUUCUGCCGUGGAGAGAUGUCUAGAUCCAACAACGUGGGAAGACGAAGAGGGAAACAAAUUAGACGAUAAGGCUUUAAGAACCAGGAUAUAUCAGGAGGUAGUACGACCACUCGAAAAUGAAUUGAUACAGGCCUACAGCUCAAUCUCAAUUGAUGACCUUGAUCGGUUUGCGCAAACAUUGGAUUUUGGAAGCUGGGAUCAGACAAUCUCGGAUCUGAACGAGCAAACCCAACCAACUCGCGCAUUGAGCCCAAGCGAGACUGUAGAUAGCCUCCAUUCGUUUAGCCCGUCGCCGGAACCAUCACUGCAACACUACUCUCACUAUCUCAAUCCUCUUGCAAAUUUCCAGCAUCAAAAUGCAUUGCUAUGGGCUCAUAAACUUGGGCCUUACUCCCACUUCACACAGAGUCUAUCUCUGUCCUCUUUGACAGAUCAGGAUGUCUACGACAAGGAAUCGAGGUUCUUUGAUGAUGAGACCGUUUCGGAGGCGCACUCUCCCGAAGCAUGCUCAAACUACUUGAACUGGAAGUCCAGGUACCAAGCAGUUUACGAAAAAUUCAUUACGCCCUUCGCUUCAUCAUCGACAUCUCCGCCCGUUAAAAUUGCGAUUCUCGAUACGGGCAUUGAUCCUACUCACCCGGACGUAGAAGCUCGCAGUGAUAACAUCAAAGGCAAGUAUAACUGGCUUAAUGAGAAGUUCAACAAUAGAGUCCAUGAUCGGAAUGGACAUGGCACAUUUUGUUUCGGUCUACUUCUUGAUUAUGCGCCUGAUGCUCAGUUGUACGUAGCAAAGAUUGCGGAGGAUAAGCCGCCUAACCCUAGAGUUAUCGCAAAGGCUAUUACCCUUGCCGUCGACAAAUGGGGAGUGGAUGUCAUCUCCAUGUCUUUCGGAUUCCCUACCUGCGAAAUCGACGGCUAUGAUGAACUCGAGCUAGCUAUUAUGAAUGCUUACUCGAAACAUGUACUUCUUUUUGCUGCUGCUUCUAACAGCGGCGGUCAACGAGGCAGAGCGUAUCCCGCGCGAGAACAAAACGUGAUCUGCAUUAAUUCUACAGACGCAAACGGUAACAGGUCCGGGUUUAGUCCUACUGCCGUCCCCGACGACAUCAACUUAGCGACAGUGGGGGAAGCAGUAGAGUCGGCAUGGCCGGUUCAUCUCUGUGAUGAUGUUUCAAACCCCUCUUGCAUUAAGUAUAAGUCCGGGACAUCAUACUCGACACCGAUAGCCGCUGGUAUCGCCGCAUUUCUCUUACAAUACGCACGGUUGCAUUUACCAGAGAAAGCAGAAAUGCAGAAACGACAGAAACGGAUGAAAGCCGUGCUUCGACGCGUUGCAGAGAAAGGUCCAUCUUACAAGGCUCGAGAUGGGUACCAUUUUAUUGAUAUCAGCUUGUACGCUGACAGCCUGUUUGGUAAGGAUAAGAGGUUUAUUGACCUUACGAUUGGAGAUCUUUUGAUCAGUUGAAGGAGGAUAUAGUCCUGAGAAGACAGUUACAUAUCCACCAACCGAGUAUAAGAUCGCCCGGGUCUUC